AUGCAAUCUCGGCUGUUACUUCUGUGGAUUGCCACUCUUUCUAGUGCAGAACUCUUUGUAAACUACGAUCAGAAACUAGAGGACCGGCCCAGGCUAUUCACACUGGUGAAAGAGGAAGUUGGGAAAUUGGACAUACCGGCAAAAUCCGAUUUAAAAAACGAUGAUGGAAAAGUGCCACUUGGCUCUGAGCUGACAGCCCGCGAAGCAAUCGACGUCUUACUGGGCAAGCGUCAAUCGUGCCCUCAAGGCUUUGGAUAUUGUCCCAGUGCUGGAGGAUGCUGCGUUGCGAACAGUCUCUGCUGUUCGUAUGGAUACUGUCAUACCCAAGGGUCCGUCUGUUGCCCAACUGGCCCGUGUGCCAGCGGACAGACAUGUUGCGGCUCCAGCCAUUGCAUGCCUGUUGGAGAUCAAUGCUGUACAGAUGAAUCGCAUUGUCCACGGGGGAAUAACUGCUAUAGAUCUCUAAGAACAAAUCUAAUGGUAUGCUGCACUGAUGAACACUGCACAGCACAUGUGGAAAAUGGAAAGACAACAUACGCGCCAACGACGACAACCACACAUACUUUUACUACUACUUACUACCAAUACUACUACUGGACGGUGACUUGGUACUACUGGUACUACUACUGGACAUACUCGAUUGAUAUCCAGGCAUCUAUCGUGACUUCUACCCGUUCAACCACCUGGACUACAUUCAGUGUCAAGACAACAGAUGCUGCUGCUGCUUCUGAGUAUUUCAGCUCCAAAUCUCAGACCCUGUCUCUUCCCACGCCUGCUGCCGCCACAUCUCUGGAGUCCCUAGCGGGAAGUACAUCGUUUGUCUCUUCGUCUCCGAGCCCGCGACCAAGCCCCAAUCCAAGUCCGACGGAUGAAUCAAGCAUUACCGAAGCGCCCAGUCCGCCUUUCAGCGUCCCGCUGAGCCCCGAACCGAGCGCUCCCGGUGACAGCGAUAGCAGUUCUACAAGCAAAUCUAGUAGUAGUACUACCUCUCUUCUUCGUAGUGGCGGUGAUGACGGCCCUCCAAGCAAUGGAGGUGGAAAUGGGGGUGGAAACGGCGGCAACGAUUCUUCUGGGGCAAAACCUUUGUGGGUAGGAUCGGACUGGAAGACAGUUUGGGUCUUAUUACUUGGUGCUGGAACUGGGCUACUGGCUGUGAUUCUUUAA